UAUCCUGUGUUACGUAACAAUAAAGACUCAUGCACAUACGGUAUGUUACUAUACACAGAGUGCCCUAAUAACUAAUAUGACAAAUGAAGUUUAAAACAUCUUAAGGUGUUCUUUAAUCUCUACAUAUUUCCACUGGUCAGAUGAAGCGGCGUAACGGAAUCAACAUCACACUGAUAACGUCCAAGGAGCCUCGUGAAACAGAGAGGUCAACGAGCUUCUUACAUGCUAACAAUGGCUAAAAAAGGUCUCUUAACUGGAGUUCUUAGUUUCGGUUAAGAGACGGUUCUUAGCUUUUCUUAGAUUUUAAUUAAGAAAAACUAAGAACUGUCUCUUAAAUAAGAGAUUUAAGAGCAUGUGUCUUAGCCGAAAAGUGUAAAAAAAAAUGUCAAAUCAUGAGUUAAGAACCCCGGCUAAGAGACCGAGGUUAAUCAUGCCCUAAAGACUUUUGGUCUUCUCUCUCUUAAUUUCUUUAUUUUGUUCUUUUUCUUAAAUAUUUUUGAAUUUCUCCUGAUACUCACCAUUGGAAGUGUUCUUAUAAUUAGAUUCGUAGAUUAUCGAAAUGAAGCUAACAAUGGGCCGAUUUCUAAUGAGUAAAUUAUGAGGCUCAUAUAAAGCCCUGUUGUAGAGGCUUUCCAAAAUCAAAAUAUAUAUAAAAGGGAAACGCAAUCUCAUUUUUUUGGCAAAAUAUAUUUAAUCAUCAUAAAUGAUUAUUCUCUUUAUUUUAGUGUUAAUUCUUCAUCUAUUAAUUUUAUCUAUUCAAUCAUUUCAAUUAUUUAAAUAAUUAGUUCUAAUGUUUAAAACUUUACAAGAAUAAACAAGUUUUAUUUGAAAAGGUUUCCAUGAAUUUAUUGUUCAAAAAAUUGUUAAAAGUUAUUGAAUUCUAAAAGACUGUCCAUUUUUUAUUUAAAAUUUGUUUAUUUGAUACAAAAAAGCUAGUAUUAUAUGUCCUGCUUUGACUACUACUCAAUUUCAACAGUCAAAAUCAUAUAUUUUGCACAACAAAGAAAUAUAUUUUAAAUCAAGAACUUCGUUUACUUUCCAUAUUUUUUUGUUUGACCAGAGCGCAAAUGAUAUCUUGUACGUACAUGUAUCAGAAAAUGCUUUAAAUGUUAAAUUGUUUCCAUUUGUAGUAAAUGUCAAAUAAAACCAUAACUAAAAAUAAAAUAGUAUUCAUAAAAUUGAACUAUGGUUUGAAAUUUUGGUAUAAAAACACCACUGCCCAGAUUGUUGUCUCUAUCUUUUGCACCUCUUCAUUUUCAUAGCCUUUCCCUCAUCUGUUGAGAACCUCGCAUCUUUUCUUCUCCAUAGUUAUCAAAUUGAAAACAUCUCUUCCCCUCAUGUCUCUUCCGCAAAACCCCUUCACUUCAUCAACAAUACCAUCCAUGAAGAAAUCACCAUCGUUAGAGAAAGAAGACAACCAGAUGCAGAUCGAAAACGUCGACCGGAUCAGCAAACUUCCGGACGAUAUGUUGCUCAAAAUACUAAAGAGCUUGUCAACAGAGAAAGCGGUUCAGACAAGUUUGUUGUCCAAACGGUGGGAAGGUGUUUGGAAGCAAAUGCCUUAUCUCUUCUUCGAUAUGAAAAAUGCUCUCAAGGUGGAGUUGCCUCUAGCCGAACAAUCUCAUUUCAUUGCCCAAUUGAUAACCAAGAUUAUAAAUAAUCACAAUGGCAAUCUGGAGCGCUGCAAAAUCCUGCAUAUGACACCCCAAACUGAAGAUGGUACGCUGGAAACUUGGAUCCGAUCAUUGAUCCACGUGAAACACACUAAAUAUCUCGAACUUAAGGGAUUUCGUGUUAAUCAUCGUGAGAGAGCUCGUGUGCUCCACUUACCCCCAAACAUAUUUUCACAUCCAAUGCUCACAUCACUCCUUUUGUCUCGAUACACAUUUGAGUCUGCACAUGCCUUUAACAAUUGCAAUAACCUCAUUAUUCUUAAACUUUAUAAAAUCAAAGUUGCAGUUGAUGUGCUCAACACGGUCAUUGCAUCGUGCCCCUCCCUCAAGAUGCUGGUACUAGAAAUCUUCCAGAGCAGCCGAAGUGGCUGUCUGAAGAUUCAUAACGACAACUUAAAGUUUGUGCAUCUAACUUGCCCUGAAAUUGAUAACAUUGAAGUGUCUGCAGCUCUUCUGGACAUAUUCUCUGUUCACGGUAUUGAACUUGAGAGCGGGAAUAAUAUCGUUCUUGACGCCCCAAGAUUACUUCAGUUUGGUCGAAGAUUGUGGAAGAUACUUCAAAGUUUGCCUCACAUAAUCUACAAUAUCUCAUGCGACACUCAGGGGAAUGAAAAGAUUGGGCAUGAAUUCGUGAUGAACAUAGAAAAUUACUCCAUGGUUGUGUUUGCAAUUUUGGCGGUGAAUGUGGAUAUGAUGAAUCCAAAAGAAGUUUACAUGCUAAAGCAAGUUUUAGAUGCAUGGGCUAGAGACUUGCAAGUACUCAAUAUCUUCUUUAAGGAUAACGAUAUUCACAAGAAAGAAGGUGAAUCUUCUAUUGACGGAAUACAAAAUAAGUGGCAGAAUUGCUUUCUCAGUGUUGAUUUCCGUGUGAGAAGUGUGUGUUUGCAUAACUUCAAUGGUUUGGAUGAGGAUCAAUUUGCUUUAGCUGCAAGUUUUGUGAUACAAGGGAAGAUGAUGCAAAGUUUGAUGAUAGAGACGUUUUCGCUUCCAGCAAACAAAAAGUUGGCAGUAGAUAUUGCAGUGGAAAAAUUGAUGAAACUUCCAAAAGGUAACAAGAACCUUAAUAUUCAAUACAUUUGAUUGAAUUUGAUUCAAUCUAGUUAUUGGGUCAUAUGAACAAACUUUCCGUUUAUUUGAGUAAAGAUUAAUUACAUGGGUUAAACAUUCAAGUAAUAUGUUUGAUGAUUUUAUGUUUUAAUAUUGGGGUUUUUGCCAAAACUAACCCACAACUUGAUUUUAACCCCAAACCUAUAUCCAAACUUGAAUCAAAUGCAAAACUAACCUAAAAGCCUAGUGAAAUUACAGUUCGGCCCCUUGUGACCAAACAAAAAAACAGAAGCCAUUUUUACGAAUAUAGCCCCAGUAAAUCGUCUGAGUCGUCUGAGAUGUU